AUGAGUAUAACCCAUUGUAUAUUUGACUUAGACGGUUUAUUACUUGAUACUGAGUCUAUUUAUACCGAAUGCUUACAAAAAAUGUUGACACCUUAUGGAAAAAAUUUCACAACAGAUAUGAAAGUGAAAAUGAUGGGCAAAUCGACACUGGAAGCAGGUCAACUAUUAAUUCGUGAAUUAGAAUUACCAAUGACUGAUGAUGAGUUUCUUGUUAAAUCAAAUGAAUUGUACAUAGAAGCAUUUCCAGAUGCACAAUUAAUGCAGGGUGUUCAACGUUUAAUCGAAUAUUUGGCGAAAAACAACAUUCCAAUUGCCAUCGCCACCGGCUCUGAUGAGCAUUUAUUCGAAUUAAAAACUCGUAAUCAUCGUGAAUUAUUUAAAUUAUUUGAUCCGAUUAUUUGUACGAAUGCUACGGAAGUAAGAAAAACAAAGCCUGAACCGGAUAUAUUUUUAGAAGCAGCUAGAAAAUUUAAACAACCUCCGUUAUCAAUGAGUCAAUGUCUGGUAUUUGAAGAUGCUGAAAAUGGUGUGCAAGCUGCACUAGCAGCGGAAAUGAAAGUCGUCCUUGUGCCAAGUUUACCAUUAGCAGCUUACAGUAGUAAUCUGGUGAAACAAGCAACUGUUGUACUUGAUAAAUUAACAAAUUUUGAUCCAGAGAUGUUCGGAUUACCACCGAUGCCACCGUCAAGUGCUUCGUGA